AUGACAAAGCAUAUUGUUUUCGAUGUCGUUGGAACGUGCGUCUCUUACGAUGCCUUUGUUCAGGCAAUUGAGCAGCGCCUUGGACCCCAACUCCGGGCAGUCGGUAUCUCACCACGUCUCUUCAGUUUCUCAUGGCAAGAAGCUGCUGAACGGGAGUACACAUAUCUCUCUAUUUCAGGCGCGUAUCGAUCCUUCAUCAGUAGCGUGUUUCCUCAGCUCUUUCAACGCAUGCUCCAUAUGGCGGGUGUAGCUGACCCGUCAACCUUUGCUAGCGCCGACGACGUGGCAUACAUUGUAUCAGCCUACGCUAGUUUAGAGGUGCGACCCGGAUUAAAAAAAUGUUUCGAGCACCUGCGGGCAGCUGGCUUCACUGUGUGGGCCCUCACGAGUGGCGAUAUCGAGCGGGUCCGCGGCUACUUUAUUCACGGUGGCGUGGAAAUGCCCUUGGCGAACUUCAUUAGCUGCGAUAGUUUGAGCGUAGGAAAGCCGCACCCAGAAGUUUAUCGGCACGCCCUUGAGCAGCUCCAGAGUUCGGAGAAACCGUGGUUCGCGGCGGCGCACACGUGGGAUGUUAGUGCCGCCGGAAGGCAUGGAUUUCGGACUGCCUGGUGCUCAGUAUUCGAAAAAUUUCCCUGCGUAGACAUUUUCGGCGAAAUGGAGGUCAAUGCCGAUAGCUUACCAGAGCUAGCGGAGAAAGUAAUCGCUGCAUCGCAAGUAUAG